CGUAGGAUUUGGAGAAGCUGUCUCGUUGAAGAAUUACGUCUUUUAUUUUACCUAUCCAGGCACAAUAUGUUCUCUGAUUGAUACUUCACUUCAGUUCUACUGAGCAUUUCCUUGUUGUCCCCGCAGGAUUGUCCUACGAAUGGACGAAUAAGACCACCGUUAGACAUUCCCUAUCUCAGCGUUUGAUCUUCAGCUCCCCCAGCUCUCGCGCGGCACAGCCAGGAACCGUUCAUUUCCCCUCACCUAAGGUCCUGCUUUCUUGAACCACUUUGGUACUCUUUGCCUUACGUAGGUAUCUAUGGGGUAUAGACAUGGGUGUGUAAGGUAUGUAUGUAAUCCGUACAGAGGUAGUUACAUACAGACGGCGCAAGCCCACGUAGCACCGAUGGGACAUUGGGUCAUGGCAGGGCUCUGGUUGCGUGAACUCCCUAUCUUGGCAACUAAGCAGGCAGAAUACGAAUAGACCGUUGCCGUAAUCCCGGCAAGUUGUUGAUUCACCCUGCCACCGCCAGCCACCAUUGGGAAUUCCUCGAUCUCAUUUAUCUUACAUUCCCAAAUUUCUCCCAAGCUGCAUCGCCCAGAGUCUCGGCGUAGCCACAGGUUUCUCGUUUUUUGGGAACGCUUGCUCGAAGUAGUUCAGCGUUGGCCUUUUUGAAUCGGGGUCGUCAAGAUACAUAUACAUAUCUGUAUUCUGUAUAAGCUAGGUACGAUAUAGGUAGCCAUGCAUUGGCCUAAGCUUGCGUCUGGGCUUCUGCUAUCCGCCGUCGCCGUGACGGACGCGCGCCGGAGCUUGCAGCACGUGGGCAAGAAGGAUGCGAGACCCAAGUCGACGAUCUCGGAGCACGAUAACUUCGCUACGCGUUUCUUAGCCACGCGACAGUUGCCGCCGCCCAAGUUCGCCAAUGCGAAUACCACGAAAUUCGCCGUCAACGGUACCGGUAUCCCUGAUGUCGACUUCGACGUUGGCGAGUCAUAUGCUGGGUAUCUACCCAUCACCGAUAACCCUGACGACACCGAUGAGCUCUUCUUCUGGUUCUUCCCCUCGUCCGCCCCGACGAACACGACCCAGAAGGAGAUCCUGCUAUGGCUUAACGGUGGUCCUGGCUGCUCCUCUUUCGAGGGUCUCCUCCAGGAAAACGGCCCGUUCAUCUGGCAACCCGGCACCCUGAAGCCGAUCCCUAACCCGUGGGCCUGGAACCGGCUAACAAACGUGGUAUGGGUGGAACAGCCCAUCGGCACGGGUUUCUCGCGCGGCAAGGUGACGGCCCGCGGAGAGGAGGAUGUAGCCGCCCAGUUCCUCGGCUUCUGGAAGAACUUCAUCGACACCUUCUCGCUGCAAGGCUACAAGGUGUACAUUGCGGGUGAAUCCUACGCCGGCGCGUACUGCCCAUACAUCGCAUCUGCCAUGUUAGACAAGAACGACACUGCCUACUACAACGUGUCAGGUCUAAUCGUAUACGACCCCGUCCUCGGCGACGACGUCGUCCAAGACUCCGCCACCACAGUCCCCUUCGUCGACUACCACCACAACCUGUUCACCUUCAACAACUCCUUCAACGCUCACAUCCACGAACUACACGACUCUUGCGGUUUCGCCGACUACAACGCCAAGUACCUAACAUACCCCCCAUCAGGCCCUCAGCCCAAGGGCUACACCCAGAGCGUCAGUCGCGAGUGCCAGAACCUGUGGGAAGUCAUUCUAGAAGAAGCACUCAGCAUCAACCCUUGCUUCGACGUAUACCAGGUCGCCAUCACAUGUCCCUUACUGUGGGACGUGCUCGGCUUCCCCGGCACGAUCGGAUACCUCCCCGAGGGCGGUGAAAUCUACUUCGACCGGGACGACGUGAAGAAGGCGAUCCACGCGGACCCCGACACGAAAUGGGCCGAGUGCGCCGACGGCGAUGUCUUCGUAGGCGGCGACCGAUCAGACCCGUCUUCGUGGAAAGUCCUCCCGCACGUAAUCGACGCCACGAAGAACGUCAUCAUCGGACACGGAUCUCUCGACAUGAUCUUACUACCAAACGGCACUCUACUCACGAUCCAAAACACAACGUGGGGCGGGCAACUUGGCUUCCAAUCCCCUCCCAUCGAGCCGUUCUUCGUGCCGUUCCACACCCUCAGCACGGCAGACCAGAUCGAGGGGGAAACCGACCAGACAAAGCUAGGCAGCAUCGCCGCGGCAGGCGUACUAGGAACAGCACACACGGAACGAGGACUCACCUACGUGAGCGUCGACUUAUCGGGCCACAUGAUCCCGCAGUACGCGCCCAGUGCCGCAUUCCGCCAUAUCGAGUUCCUGCUCGGCCGUGUCGAUAGCCUGAGCUCUGUCCAGCCGUUUACCAUCGAGCCCAACUACCCACAGCCCCCUGCAGACGCGCUGGGAAACGGUACGGGACCUGGAACGUUCAGCACGGGCGCGGCAGAGCAGGGAACGGGUAACGUGGCGACAAGUGCUGAGGCGAAGAGCUCUGAUGCGGGGAGGAUCGGGGAGGGCUUCAGUGCGGUGCUAAUGGCCGCUGGUGCCGUAGCUAUGGUUGCGAUGACGAAUUUAUGAUCUGCUAGUUAUAAACUAUGAAGGUUUGCCAAGAUUAUAAAAUGAUUUUUUAUUUUUUUGUUCAUUCAUGAAAUUAGAAGCCAUCAAUAUGACUCAAGAUUC